CAGCUUUGGUCGGGACGGCAGAUCAAACACAAACAGCAGGAGCAUUCAGUUUUUAAACCUUGCGUGCUUCUCGUGCUUGUACCUGUGCUGCCUGCCGUGACAAUCCGAUCGACUGCGAUGGCCGGCGUCCAUGAAGCGCGCACCGGCGGCGACGACGCCGGCGGCAGGACGACAUCACGACGCCGGCGCCGCAUCCUGGUGUUCCCGCUGCCGUUCCAGGGCCACAUCAACCCGAUGCGGCAGCUGGCCGACGCGCUCCACGCGCGGGGGCUCGCCGUCACCGUGCUCCACACGCGCUUCAACGCGCCGGACCCCGGGCGCCGCCCGGAGUUUCGGUUCGUGCCCGUGCCCGACGGCGUCCCCGCCGGCGUCGCCGCGUCCGGCGACGUCAUCGGCCUCCUCGACGCCAUGAACGCCGCCAUGGAGGCGGAGGAGUCGGCGGCCCUCCGGGGCGUGCUCGAGUCGGUGCUCGCGGACGAGGAGCAGCCCCCCGCCGCGUGCAUCGUCUUCGACGCCAACCUGCUCGCCGUGCCCAGGGCCGCCGCGGCCGUCGGCCUCAAGACGCUCGUGCUGCGGACGGCGAGCGCGGCCUGCCUCGGAUGCUUCAUGGCUUACCCAAUGCUUCACCAAAAGGGCUACCUGCCUCCCCAAGAGUCGAAAAUGUACAUGCCGGUGGAAGAGCUACCGCCACUGAGGGUAAGGGACCUCUUCUACUCAAGCCGGAGCGACCAAGAAAAACUGCGAAACUUACUUGCUCGGGCCAUGGAAGCAGUGAACAGUUCCUCUGGUCUAGUGAUCAACACAUUCGAUGCUCUGGAGCCAGCCGAGCUGGAGAGGAUCCGCAGCGAGCUCCGCAUCCCUACGGUGCUUGCGCCGGGCCCUCUCCACAAGCUCUCCUCCAAGAACACAGCAAGUAGCUUGCUGGACGAAGACCACGGCUGCAUCAAGUGGCUGGACAAGCAGCCCCCAAGAUCUGUGCUCUAUGUUAGCUUUGGGAGCUUGGCUUCCAUGGACCCUGAUGAGUUUUUGGAGGUGGCCUGGGGUUUGGCGGCCAGUGGCCAUCCUUUUCUAUGGGUGGUUCGGCCAGGCUCGGUACGGGGAUCGGAGGACAUUCAGGGUUUCCCAGAAGGCUUUGAGGCUGCGGUUGAGGGUACAGGCAAGGUGAUUCGAUGGGCGCCCCAGCAGGAGGUGCUGGCCCACCCUGUAGUGGGUGGGUUCUGGAUGCACAGCGGAUGGAACUCGACAAUGGAGAGCAUCAGCGAGGGUGUUCCCAUGAUCUGCAGGCCUCAGUUCGCAGAUCAGAUGAUGAACACGAGGUAUGUGGAGAAAAUGUGGAGUGUGGGGUUCGAGCUUGAAGGUGAGCUGGAAAGGGGCAGAAUAGAGGAGGCCAUUAGGAAGCUCAUGGAGGAAAGGGAGGGGGCCGAGAUGAGGGAAAGAGCUAUGGAGCUAAAGAAGAAAGUAGCACACUGCUUGAAAUCUGGUGGGUCGUCUCAGAUUGCCAUGGAUAAGUUGGUGAAGUACAUACUUUCUUUGUGACUAUUUUUUACGGGCGAACAUUCUAUAUAGGAAAAAAAUCCAGUUUAUAACCUCAAACUAUUAUAAAAAUUUGAUUUUCAAACUUUAACUAUAAAAUCGGAAAAGAAGGACCAUCCAGCUAUCAAAACCGAACAACUUUGACCCUUUAGGUGGUUUUAAAGAUGGUUCUAUAGUUUUUUUAAAAAUAUACAAAAUUUUGGUUAUAUCUAAAAAAAUUAAAACUAAGUUAUUUUAAAUUAGAAAAAUAUGAAUCUUGUACCAAAAUUUUCAAAAAACAUAACCUAUCUAUUGUUGCUCUAUUUGAAUAUGAUUUAUUUUAAAAAUAAGAAUAACUAUAAGGAAAUAAUUACUAGGAACAUAAAACAUUGAAUAGAUUAUAUUUUCUUAAAAAUGGUGGCACUUGUUUCGUACUUUUUUAUUUAAAAUAAAUUACUUAUGGAAUUUUCAUUUAAAAAUUAAUAUUUUUAAUUUUCAUAAAAUUGAAAAACACCUUUGAUCCCACCCAAAGGGUUAAAUUUACCCCAUUUUAAUAGUUGGAUGGCCUCCAUUAUCCGGUUUUGUAGUUAAAAAUUAAAAUAAUCGGAUUUUUGUGAUAGUUUAAGGGUAUAAAUUGGACUUUUCCCUUCUAUAUAUAUGUGAAAUUUAUGUUGCUUUGAAUUCUUGGUUAGGCAAAUUUGUAGGGAAUACUAUCUUUUUGUUCUUAGACGUCUUGAACUAAUUCCACAAAACGAUGGAACUUAUUUUCA